AUCCAGCAGGCCGCCGCCGCAGCGGGAACGUCCCCCCCGGAGCUCUGCGAGCGGGUCUCGGGCCUCUUUCGCCAAGCCUUGACCCAGGCCGCCGUCUCCUUCACCGACUUCAUCCGCACCAGCGAGCCCCGCCACCGGCGAGCCGUGCUGCAUUUCUGGGGUGCCCUGCGGGAUGGCGGGGCUCUCUACAAAGGGGCUUACGAGGGCUGGUACUGCACUCCCGAGGAGUGCUUCCUGCCCGAGAGCCAGCUCGCCGAGCGCAGGGACGCCCAGGGACGCCCAUGCAAGGUGUCUUUGGAGACCGGCCACCAGGUGCACUGGACCAAGGAGGAGAACUACAUGUUCAGGCUCUCGGCGUUCCGGGAGCCGCUGGGCGUGCGGCGGUGGCUGCGGGACAACCCGCGCGCCGUUUCCCCCGAGCCUUUCUACCGGCGCGUGCUGCGCUGGCUGGACGAGGACUUGCCCGACUUGUCGGUCUCCCGUGAGAGGAGCCGGCUGCAGUGGGGCAUCCCCGUCCCCGGCGACGCCACGCAAACCAUCUACGUGUGGGUGGACGCCCUGGUGAACUACCUGAGCGCGGCGGGCUACCCCGAGGCGCACGGGGAGUGGGCUGACGGCUUCCGGUACUUCCUGCUGCGGCAGGGCGUCCCCGAGCGGGACUGUGACUAUUACGAGGAGAAGGUGGUUAAGGUGGUGAAUUCGGAGCUGGCAGACGCGCUUGGGGGGCUUCUGAAUCGGUCGACAGCCCUCAGCAUCAACCCCAGCAACACCUACCCUUGUUUCUCAGAGUCUUGUUUUCCAAAGAUCUCGGACUACAGCGGGGAGAAAGCUGCGGGCAGGGCUUCUGCUGAAGACUACGAGUUCGUGGCGUCCGUGGCUUCUCUGCCUCUGCAGGUGGCUGGGUGUUUCGAGGGUUUCCAGAUCUACAAGGCUUUAGAGUGUGUUGCCCUGUGCGUGAGGCAGACCAACAGUUUCUUCCAGAGACACAGGCCUUGGAAACUCGACCGAAAGGACCCCGCAGAGCAGCUCUGGCUUGACACCAUCAUCCACGUCACGCUGGAGUGCCUGCGUGUCUACGGGACGCUCCUGCAGCCCGUGAUCCCGCACGCUGCAGACAAGCUGCUUUCCAGGCUGGCGGUGGAGCCAGAAGAGAGGGGUCUCUCGAGUUUGACAUUCCUGCCACGCUACGAUGGGGAGCCGUGUCCCUUCGAAGGGAGACAGCUCGGACCGGACACCGGCGUCUUGUUUCCCAGACUGGAGAAGUCAAGGCAGCACCAGAGGGAAACCGAGAAGCUCUAG